AUGGCGAACAAAGAUGUUGACAUGGUAGAUGCAGCUGUCAGGGCUCCAGACUCAAACGGCUACGCGCAGCUGCUGCAAACAAAUCACAGCGACGCGUUCGCGUUCUCCGAGACCGAGGAGCUAGCCCUGCAGCUUUACGAUCAACUCAGGGAACUUGAGUUGCAACAGAGCCUCAUUCAGGCGCAACAAGCAGGCAUGUCUCAUCCUGCAGCCUCACUGCAACACGAAGCCAUGGAGGCAAAGGCAGAGUACGACAUCAGGAACAAGAUAACAGACAACGUCUUGGUCAUGGAUCCUGUUCUCAAGGCCGUUCAUGGUGGCGAACAAACGCCCUUUGGUGAAAAACGCAUACUGCCGCUGAUUGCGGAGAACGACACCGUCUCAAUGGUCCAUGGCCUUGAGACAUCAAAGCUUGCUGCGGUUACGCGCACCCUGAGUGUUGCAGAACAGGGCAACAUUGCCGCGAAGCAGAAGAACCGCGAGUUGGCGCAGACGAUGCUUGCUUUGGCAGAGGAAAUGAAGAAGCAGUCAGCACAGGACAUACAAGAUGCACAAUUACGUCAGCGAGUCGAUGCCGUGGAGAAGGAGGUCAAGGAGUCGCGGCGGAGGGUUUCGACGCUCAAAGGCAUCUUGUCAGCAAUGGUGGUCGGCAGCGGCAUCAAUUGGGCUGCAGACGAGGCUUUGACCGAGCUGGUCAUGGAUGACGAAGAGUGA